AUGAACCCGCUCUCAAAUCUUGUUCACUUUGUCCGGGAGAGCCCUGUUGGUCUGGAAACGGUCUUCUUUGUUUCUGUGACGGUAUUGUUUGGGCUUUACAAGCUAUUGACUCACACUGACAUACUCUACAUUCGCGGCAUACCCAAAAUACCAGGCGCACUUCCUGUCACUGGCCAUUUGACCCAACCAGGAGAAGAUCAUACGACUGUCUGUGAAAAGUGGUGGCGUCAAUACGGCCGCUCAGUCUUCCAGAUCCGCCUUGUAAACACUCGCGCAGUUAUCCUCUGCACCUUUCAUGGACUGUUCUCCUCGAUACAGGGUUUCACAAUUGGCAGCUCACCAUGGAAUGAGAGCUCUCGAAACAAGAGGAAAGCUGCAUCUACCACACUAAGCAAGGCGAUGAUGAAGAACUACGAUGAUAUGUUCGACUUGGAGUCGUACUGCAUUGUGUCUGACCUACAUUGUGACACCGAGAGUGGAGCUCUUGAGGCAAGCUUUCGACCGUACAUCCAGCGCUAUGCGCUCAACACCACUCUCACCCUCUGCUACGGUAUCAGAAUGGACGAAGCCUACGUCGACCUGCUGCGUGAAAUCCUUCAUGUUGGCUCUGCAAUUUCUCUGCUUCGAUUGGCGUCCGAGAACUACCAGGACUACAUCCCGAUCCUCCGUCAUUUGCCUAAAAACGUCAAAAAUGCUCGCUCGAAAGAUCUCCGCAAAAGGAGAGACAACGCCGCGAUACUGAAAGACGAAGAGACGCGUCUUACUGGUGUGGAAACUAUCCCUGGUACCUUGGUGUCUUGCAUUGGCUCGCUUUGUACACCAGAGAGUGUAAAUGACUUCGAGGAGACUAUACCGUAUUUGAAUGCUAUCGUCAAGGAGGCAGGGCGAUACUACACCGUCAGCAACAUGAGCCUGCCCAGGAAGACAAUGAGUGAUGUACGUUGGGGUGAGGCAGUGAUUCCCAAGAACACGUUGGUUUUGAUCAGCGCCCAAGCGGGCAAUCACGGCACCUACUACUGGGGACCUGACGCUGGCACCUUUAAUCCUGAGCGCUGGCUCGAUGCGCCCACCACGCCCCCCUCACUAUACGCCGAGAAGCCUAUCUCCAGCACACCGCAUCUUUCGUUUGGCGCCGGUUCCCGGUCAUGCCCGGGUGCGACGAUCGCCAGCAAGCUAUUCAACGCGGCACUCUUCCGUUUGCUCAGCCUGUACAGGGACGAGGCUAGCGUAUCAGACCCGCCGAGCACGGACUAUAUCGACUACAAUCUAAUCAAAGCGCGUUAGUCGCAAUCCCGAGGGACUUCAAGAUCAAGCUGGCGCCAAGAGAUGGGACUGGUGACCUAG